AUGCCCAGUGGCAUUAGCAAGCGCCAGCAGCAGCGCAAUGAGAAAGCCCUCGCCGACCUGAUCCGGACGGUUCCCGGUAAUGACCGCUGUGCCGAUUGCGAUGCCUUGACCCCAGGAUGGGCAAGCUGGAACAUGGGUAUCUUCCUGUGUAUGCGGUGCGCCGCAAUCCACCGCAAGCUGGGAACACAUAUCUCCAAGGUCAAGUCUCUAUCAAUGGACACUUGGUCGUCGGAACAGGUGGAUAACAUGAAAUCGCACGGCAAUCUGCUCAUGAACAAGAUUUUCAACCCCAAAAAUAUCAAGCCCCCCGUCCCUACCGAUAUCGACGAGGCCGAUUCGUGCAUGGAACGAUUUAUCCGGCAGAAAUAUCAGUACCGAUCGUUGGAAGAUGGAAAGCCCAAGCCCCCGAGUCGCGAAGACGAGAGCUAUACCAGAAGUCACGACAGGAGGGAGGAAAGGAGGGAACGACAGAGGAGCUACGACGAUUCUCAUCGCAACGAUAUCUCCCCCGAGGGCUCGCCGCCACCGUUGCCCCCAAAGUCCGGCAAGUUCUUUGGAUUCGGCCUUCGAUCAGCUUCCUCGACCUCGAACCUGCGCCGAUUUGGAAACAAGUCCAAGGGAUCAAUGUCGCCCACCUCUGAUCAGCGAUCCUGGUCCCCACCGCCUCGCCAGACGAGCGGUCUUGGUGCGCCGGUUGCCGAUGUGACAACUGCCUCAUUCGAGGCGAAGAUGGCCGCGCUGCGGGAUAUGGGCUUCGACAAUGACCGGCGAAACGAGAUGGUUCUUCGCGGAUUGAAUGAGAAUCUGGACAAGUCAAUUGAGACAUUGGUACGACUGGGAGAAGGGAAUAAGCAGGCGUCAAGGGCCAAAACUCCCGUUCCAACCAACAACACGGCGACGUCUGCCGGUGCUUUGGUAGCGCCCAAGCCAGCCGCAUCGCCAAAUCCAUUCGACAUGCCUACUGCGACGACCGGCAACCAGGUAUCACAGCAGCCUCAUUCUACGUCUUACAAUCCGUUCGACCGACCGGCCCAGAUACAGACACCACAACCGGCGCAGCCUCUGGAAGCGUCGUUCCAAAACCUCCAGGUGUCCCAGCCGCUCUUCCCGCACUCGACCGGUGGAUAUCCAGCUCAAACGGGCUUGAUGCCCCAGGCAACUUAUCAGCAGCCAAUUACUCCCCCAGUCACCUCUACCUUCUCCCAGAACGGUUAUGUCUCGUCACCCCAGGCCAUGGAUAGCAACUACAAUCCUUUCUUCCAACCAGUAGCCCAGCCGCAGGGCGGUAUGGGCGCCCAAUCCUUCCCCAACCCCAGUGCGCCGCAGAGCAAUCCUUUCUUCAACACUACGCCGCAAACGCAAAACCAAAACCCUUAUCUGCAACCACAGGCUCAGCAGAAUGGGGCGUCGGUGCAAUCAAUGACCGUCCCUCGACAGCCACAGCAUGCAAACACCAUGCCAGCAAUUUCUUCAGCUUCCCCCUUCGGAACCUCUCCUUUCGGCACAUCUCCCUUGGGCCAGGCGCCUUCUUUCCAAACCCAGCCGCAACAGCAGCAGCAGCAGCUACAGCAACCCCAGCAAUUCCAGCCUCAGGCCCAGGCCACUGCUGCAGGAUCUUACAAUCCUUUCCAGCAGUCCAUGGGACCGCAGAGUACUGGAGCUUACCCCAAUCAACUACAGCCUCAGCAACCACAGCAGCUGAUGCCUCAGCAUACAGCCCGCAUGGAUAAAAGCAGCAUUCUCUCGUUGUACAGUCUCAACCAGGCACCUCCUACUAUCCCUUCCAUCCCCGAACAAUCCCAAUAUCAGUUCCAGCCUGGCGCAGGAACCAGCCCCGUCCCUCCCCUCACACACUCUCUCAUUUCCACGCCCAUGACCCAACCUGGCUCCACUAUCCAGACUCCGCAACCCAGCGCGAACGGUCCCGCCAUGGCAUCCCGUAAUCCCUUCGGCGCCGCAACCGUCGGCUCGGGUCUGGCAGCACAAGCAGGCGUCUCGGCGUUUCCCCCUUCUUCAGGACUGGGCAUUGGAAUGGGUACCAACGGGAUCGCAGUUCCCGCCCAAGCAAAUGGCAUGAAAACCUCGCCCUUCUCCGGUCCGCCACCGGUCAACACGGCUUUCCCGAGAAGUCACAUGAGCCAGCCGAGCGUGGACAUCAACGGCCUGCAGAGCGGGCGUCACAGCCCCGAUGCAUUCGCCAGUUUGAGCGCGCGCUACGGUUAA